AUGCCAAAAUUCCAAAUGCCCAAGUUUGGAAUGUCACUUCCCAAGGGGAAAGCCGCUGCAGAGGGAGAAAUCACCUUACCUUCUGUGGAAGUGGAUAUCUCCAAACCAGAACUGAAAGGGGAAGUGACCCUGCCCUCUGUGGGCAUCGAGACUGACGUGAAAUUGCCCGGAGCUGAAAUGAAGGCACCUAGUGUGGAGUUGGAGGUCUCUGAGAAGGGCAAAAUUCAAAUGCCUGAUGUCAAAAUGCCAAGCGUCAAAGUUCCCAAGCUGAAGACUCCUCAAGUGGGUGUCUCGCUGCCAAAGGUUGAAGCAGACAUCUCGGUUCCCAAAGCAAAAGUGGAAGUUCCAGAGGCAGAGGUCUCUGUUAAGGUGCCUGAAGCAGAAGGCAGCAUUGAUGGUGGCGGGAUGAAAAUACACAUGCCAAAGUUCAAGAUGCCCAGCAUGGGUUUCUCCAAACCAGAAAUCAAAGGUCCCAAAGUCGAUGUGGACGUCAGCACACCCAAGGUUGACAUUGCUCUUCCGGACGUCAGUGUAACCAAGCCUGAGAUGAAGGCAGGGGACAUUUCAGCAGAUAUCAAGUUCUCUGCACCUGAUGUGAAUAUUCCAAAGGGGGAGACUUCCUUGGAACUGAGAGCUGCAGACCUACAAAUAGAGGUACCUUCUGCUGAGAUUACUCUGGAUGGUGCUGAGGCAAAGAUGGAAGGCCUAGACAGUAAAUUUAAGAUGCCAAAGCUCCAAGCGCCCAAAUUUGGAAUUUCGCUUCCCAAAGCGAAAGGUGCAGAUGAGGAGAUCACUUUUCCAUCUGUGGAUAUUUCUGUUCCAAAAUCAGAUGCUGACAUCCAAGGACCAGAUUCAGAAGGCAAAAAUAUUAAACGUGAAAGCUAUGAAAAAGAAAUUGUUGAAAAAGAAAGCAAAUUUAAAAUGCCAAAAUUCAAGCUUCCAUCAUUUAGCUGGUCUCCAAAGAAAGAAGCAAGUGUUUCUACUGAUAUUUAUGCAAAUUUAGAAGAUCCCUCAGUUCCAGUUCCAACAGGUGAUAUUGAAUCUGAAUUAACACUCACUGUAGAGGAAGGUGAAGUCCACAUUGAAGACCUAGAGGGACAUAUAUCUUUUGAUAAAGACAGCGAGAAAACCAAAAUCAGAAGGCCUCAUUUUAGCAUGCCAAAGAUAUCCCUUCCAAAAAUGAAAAGUCAUAAAGCAGAAAUAUCUGUACCACAGUUGCAUGCUGACAUGACAGUAUCUACGAUAGCGGAUGAAGGAAAGAUGUCACUACAAAUGCGGGAUACAGAUAUCAGUGGUAGUGAUUCUAGAAAAGGCAUCAAAAUGCCCGAAGUUAAGCUUCCAAGCCUAGAACUUUCCAAACCAGAACUUAAAGUUCCAAAAAUGGACAUGGAAAUCAGCUUACCUGAAAGUGAUGUCAAACUUUCUAUACCUGAUGCCAGUCUUUCAGAAGCAGAAUUAAAAUCACUUGAUGUUGGUGAUAAUGUUAGUAAGACAAUGGCAGAAAUUAAAGUCCCUGUGGUGAAAGGCCUAGAAGUAGGAGUUGAAGGACCGUCCACUGAUAUCUCUGUAGAUGGAACAGAGAUAAAAACUGAAGGAAUGGAUGGGAAGAUGAAAAGGCCUAAAUUCCAAAGGCCUAAGUUUGGAAUCUCAUUUUCUAAAGGAAAAACUCCAGACACCGAGAUUAGUUUACCAUCUGAAGAUGCAAAAGUUCCUCAGUUGAAAACGACUACAGAUAUUGCAGAUAUUGCAGUAGAGGCUCCAACACUUGAAGGAGAAGGUGACUUAGCUGGUUCAGGAAAAACCGGCCCUGAAGGGAAAAUUAAAAUGCCCCCAAUCCCUAGAACCGACAUGAAGAUUCCAGCAAUAGACAUAAAAUUACCAUCAGUGGGUCUUUCUGUGGCACAGCCAGAGACGGAGGCUCAAGAUUUGGUUGCUGCAGCAAAAGAUGCUAAAUUUGAGGGAGAUAUAAAGACUGGAAGUAUAGAUGCAGAAGAAAAAGAAGGGCAUUUCAAAAUGCCAAAAUUCAAAUUGCCAUCAUUUAAUUGGUCACCUAAAAAGGAAGCAAGUCUUAAGACUACUGCAAAGGAACCUCUGGAAGAACCUAAAUUGACUAUCUUAUCAGAUGAUACAGAUGCAGAACUAACAGCAGUUCUGUCAGAAGAUCAAGAAGUCCACAUGGAGCUAGAUGCUGAAAUAGCUACAAAAAAAGGUCAGAUGAAAAGGCCACAUUUUAAUAUGCCCAAAAUCUCCCUUCACAGGCCAAAACUACCAAAAUCGCAGGGUAGCCUGCCAAAAGUGGAGGCAGAUAUUACUGUGGAAAGAGAAGGGGCUUUGGUACACAUACCUGAUAUAGAGAGCAGUUUUACCACACAGAAAGAAGAAGAAACCGAAAUAUGCAUAAAAAUGCCAAAGGGCACAUCAAAAGUGGAAAUCAAAGCUCCCCAAGUAGAUACCGAUAUUAAAGUUGAUAUUAAGGAGCCCACCAUAGAUAGUUCAGUUGAACUGAAAAGUGCAGAAAUAGGAUCUGAAGGUGAAAUCAAUGUGGAUAGUGGAAGUAUGAAAACUGAUGUUGCGGAGGGCACAAUUAGAAUGCUAAAACUCCAAAUGCCAAAGUUUGGAAUUUCAGUUCCAGAAGGAAAAUUGCCAGAGACUGGGGUCACCUUACCCGAAAUGGAAACUGAAGUUUCUCAUCUACAAGCAACAAAAGACUUUGAGAGACUUUGCGGCGAAGCUCCAACCUUGGAAGUAAAAGCUGAACCCGCUGAUGCAGAAAUAAAGGUGUCAGCUGGAGAAAUACAAAUGCCCAGAGUCGACAUCGAAGUAUCUGACAUAUCUGUUCUCAGCCCUGCUGAGCAGGAUGCAAAAGAACAAGGAGAACAUGAAGCAAAGUCUGGAGAGAGUCAAACUGAGGAGUCUCCGGGUUGGUUUAAAAUGCCAAAGUUUAGGAUGCCUUCAUUUGGCCGAUCAUCUUCAAAGGGGAAAAAAGGUGAUGCUGAAGGAGAUGGCAGUACAGGAAAAGCUCCUCUUGCUGAAGUAGAAAUAAAAGCUCCUGAAAUGGCAAGCCAGUCUCCCCAUGUGGUUAGUGAAUUGUAUUCUGGACAGGACAUUUUAGAAGGCAAAGUCAUGUUUCCUCAGGAGGACAUUACAAAAGAUGGAGUUUCAAUACAGAAGGAAAAGGACUUCAGAACUGGCCUAUUAAUGGGGGAAGGCAGUUUUUCCCAGGCCUCAGGAAAAGCUGACGAUAAAAUAAGUCCCCUGGGAUCUAAAACAUAUGCUGAUGUAGUUAAGCUUGGUGCUGAAGGACAGAUUGUACAGAUACAUAAAACUUCAUCCACUGUCCCCACAUCAGAAAUCAGUGUACCAGAUGUGGAUAUUGACAUGACAGUGGCUGAGACACAUGCCACUAAAAUUACUGUGGCUGGAACAGAGGAAAAAGUUGGUGCUAUCAUUACAGAGGCAAACGUCGCUGAGCAAAGCCCUGAUGCAAAGACUGAAAAGGAGAGCCAAAUAAAAUCACCCAAAAAGGAUAUUCAAGGAAAAGAAAGCAUAUUCAAAAUGCCAAAGUUCAGUGUGCCUUCUUUUGGAUGGUCAACCACAAAAACCACCAAGAAAGUUGAUGAUGCUACAUCUGACUUGCAAGAGCCUGAUGUUAGACCACCAGAAGUUAGAAUGGAUGUUUCAGUCACUGAUGAAGACUUUGAAAUAAUAGAGUACCCAAUAGAAGGCUUUGAAAAAGAUAUGCCUGUGGAAGGAGAAGUGAAAGCAGAAGGGACAGAUGGCUCAAGUAAAACAAAAUCAUCAAAAUUCAAGAUGCCAAAGUUUGGCAGUUUACGUACCAAAUCACGAAGUGCAGAAGUUGAUGCUGAUCCACCAAAAACAGAGGCUGAGGUGUCACUAGAUAAAACUGAAGGACAGAUAUUUGGAAUCCCGGCUCAAAAAGCAGAAGAGUUUGUUGACAUGAAAAGUAGAAAACUUGACCUUGCGGAGAAACCAGGAGACACCACAGGCAAACAAGAUUUUGAAGAUUCAGAGAUAAAUUUCCAUAUUCACAAACUUAAAAUACCCAAGUUCACAUACAGCACAUCUGUAGCUGAAGGACAAGUGUUGACUUCAGAAGACACAACACACAUGAAAUGUGCUGCUACUGAUACAGAUGGUGAUGGUGCCCCUCAACAAGAAUUCAGAACUACAUUCCUCGAUAAGAAGGUAGAAGACAUUGGUUGUAAUAUCCAGAAAUCAACAGUCAGAAUUACAACAUUGUCUGACAUCCAAAGAACACAAGUGGAAACUAAACUGCCAUCUACAGAUCCUUCUUUUGAGGAGACAACAACACUCAUACAGAGGCCACUGGAAUUCAACAUUAAAUUCCCUACAGAAAAAAUAGACACCAUGAACGGUAAAAUCCAAAAAUCAGUAGCUAAAAUUACAACACUGUCGGAACCAGAUAUUCAGACAACACACCUUGAGUGUAAACUCCCAUCUACUGAGUCAUUUAUUCAAAGUUCAUCACUGCACAUUGAAGGACCAUACUUUGAAGGAAACGGAAAACAGCCACAAGGUAAAUCUGCGUUUGACUCCUGCGAUUCUGAAAGUCAGGAAUCUUUCUCAACUCAGAUAGUGAGAGAAUCAGAGAUUCCUCCAUCAGAAGUUCAAACUGCCACCUAUGGGUUUUCUCUUUUAAAAGUGAAAAUUCAGGAAUCACUUGUGAACUUGGAUAUGCCAGUCAAACUGUCUUCUACAGAAUAUACGAGUGAAAUGUUCGAGAGUAAAGAUCACCAACCUUCAGGUGAAAAGGCAAGAGAAACAACACAAAAGACCAGCUUUGCUGAACUGAAAGUAUCAGACAAAGGCCAAGAACUUACUGAAGAAGCAUCUUCUACUACUAAGUUGACAAAGCUGAAAGCAUUUGCAGUUGAAGUACAAUCUUCUGAUGAGUUUGCAGACAGUUCAAUGAUGUCUGAAUCUGCUGUAGAAAUUACCGAAGAAACUGAAGUUGCAAGGGCUGAAGAAGAGUCAACAACAGAUCCAAAGGAAAAAUCUGAUAGUAAGAGAUCUUCUGGCAGGUUUAAAUUUUGGCUUCCAAGUCUUGGGUUUUCUUCCUCUGUUGAUGACACAGGCACAGAUUCCAAACCUGAAGUUCAAAAACCAUUUCAAGAAGAGACACAAGUCGAUGUCCCAUCCACAUCAGACAGUGACACUGCCAAACAAACUGAAAAAGCUGGGUGGUUUAGAUUCCCUAAGUUAGGUUUUUCAUCUCCAACAAAAAAGGGAAGGGAAACUGAUAAAGUAGAAGAGACAGAUCCAAAAGAAGAAAAACCUCAGGAUGAGGAAAGUCCAACAGAAAAAUCAGAAACUUUUUUUGAUGCACAAGAAUCCUUGCCACCUAAUGAAACAGUCGCAGAGAGUGAAACCUCAGAGACCACACCCAUUGUUUCAUCUUCUGCAAGAACUGAAUUGAUACUGCUAGAGAAAGGGAAAGCUCCAACCCAAAGUGUUCCUGAAGAGGCAUAA